CUAGAUUCUCUCGCCAUAUCUAAGGUGUUCGUGAUUGCUAAAGAUUUUGGAGCAAUGGUUGGCUACAUAUUUUCCCUUUUCUUCCCCAACAAAAUUGCAGGAAUCAUAACACUUGGCAUUCCAUACAUGCCCCCUGAGGCUUUGCAACAACUUCAAACCCUCCCUGAAGGAUUCUACAUGCGAAGAUGGCAGGAACCUCGAAGAGCUGAAUCUGAUUUCGGCAGAUUUGAUGCUAAAUCAGUGGUCAGAAAGAUCUACAUUUUGUUCUCUAGAAGUGAAGUGCCCAUWGCUAGUGAAGACCAGGAGAUAAUGGAUUUGGUGGAGCAAUCGGCUCCCCUACCCUCAUGGUUCACGGAGGAAGAUCUUGAGACCUAUGCUGCUUCGUAUGGGAAGUCUGGAUUUCUAACCGCCCUCCAAGUUCCUUACAGGUCGUUAUUGGAGAGAGUUGAACCGCCGAACCAUGACCCGAAUGCACCCAUAGUUAAAGCUCCAGCACUCUUUAUCACAGGCGAAAAAGAUUUCUUUUUCAGCUUCCCCGGUAUGGCGGAAUACUUGAAGAGUGGGAUCAAGAAAUACGUACCCAACCUCGAAAUCAUGUACUUGCCCGAAGGUUCACAU